CUAGUAUCUUGAACGUGGUGCGUGAGAGGACUUUUCUAGAACACGGAAUCGAAUAUGCAAGAUUUAUCUCUCAGCACUAUCAGUCAGCACUGCUUUUUCAUACUCCCGCAUUGUGCCAUCUGAUUCGCUCAGUUCCUACCACUGCUGCCAUCACACUACUGCCACUCGCUCCUACGAAUUAUCACCUGGGUCUCCACUAUUCCUAACUCAAACUCUACAAGAAGGAAAAGAAAGAGCAAGAAGAUGAUCCAGUUUGCUCGUCUGCUUGCUUUGUUAGAAGAGCAAGUCUGGAAUGUCGGAGAUGGUUUAGGUUGCAGUGAUAAUUUUCGACUUCGAGCCUUGCCAUGGUUGCACUAUCAUGAACCAGCUGAAGUAGACGGGCAUCGAGGCACUUCUCCUGACGAGGAAGAAUUCCGAGAAAGCACAACCAGCAACAGAGGACAAGCAUCGUCAUCUUCACCUCGUCCCGUCUCAUCUUCGCAGAAUAGGAAUCAUGAUCAUGAGGUAGAAGAGGCGCUUGCUUCAGACGUCGAGAUUGUGGACGAUCCGGUCUCUUCAAAUAAGCAGCCUGAAGAUGUGGAAGCACUGUGGGAGCAGGAAUGGGCACAGGUUUCUGUCUCUAGGAUGCCUGCUAUCAC